GUAUUCGUUGCGGUUGGUAAGUAGUAAGCACACAUGGUCGCGACACUUCCAGCCAGCACCAGGUUCUGUGGCAUCAAGCGAGGUGCGCAGGCGCAACCACCACGCCGCCACUCUACAACCACUCGCCGAAGCGCACGCAACAUGGCUACCCGGCUACUCUCGCUGCGCAUGCUAGUGAUUCUAGUGGUGGGCGUGACGUGUGAGCCUGCACCAGGCAGGGUUCCCAAAGUAUACAACGCGCUCAUCACAUCAAACCAGAACUUGGAGCCAAGUAAAGCGUAUCCUGUUUACCAGCCAGUCCUUCACGAGACGUACGCCUUCCCACUGCAACCAGCUAUCUUCUAUGGAGGAGAAUUUCCGUUUGCGAAUAGUAUAAUUCCUGGCCCCACACCAGCACCUAAGGUUGCCCAGGCUUCUGAAGCAAGUCCAUCAUCUACGCCUGAAACUCCAACAGAAGUUGUAUCAUCAUCUACAGAAAUUGCACCUACCACUACCGCAGAGAUUAGCAGCCCAGAGCCAGAAGAAGGGAAAUCGACGCCUGCCACGCCCACUGCCCCAAAAACUCAAUCUCCCAUACCUCUCAACGAAUUCGGUCUGCCGCCACAAGUCAUACCGUUGGGUGGUUUAAACCCAGCUUAUGAUGGAUUCACCCAAGUCGGUCCCUUCUCAUAUACCUACCCUGGCUUCCGAUUCUAUGACCCUUACGAUCCGUUCAGCUUCCAGAGUUUAAGUCCAUAUGCAAGUUUCCCCCUAUACCGUCCUCUGACUAAUGUUUUGGGACCUAGCUUGCCUUUCUAUCCUGGAAAGGAGCCAGCGCCAAGCAGUCCUGUUCAACCUACAGAGAAGUCAGCACAGACUCCGCCCCCCGAGCCGAGUGAUCUCAACGUCCUCAACUAUUCCUCGAAGGACCCUGCCAUACCUGACGUGCCUCCGCCACCUUUGCCGCAGGGAGGUCUCAAGGAUGAUAAAUCUGAAUAGUCUAUAAUUUAUUUAGUUUCUUACUUUGGAUGUGUAACGAAUUUUAUAUACGUGUCUGCGACAUUACUUGGUUUAGCAUGACAUUGGGCCUGACAAAGUUCCUGGUUUACUAUAUUUAUUGUAUGGUUUAUACAAAAGCGUCUAAUUAUAUGUAUUUUUGUACGUUGUUACUAGGAAGUAUAAAAAUAUAAAUCCCAUUCUAUGC